AUGAACAGAGAAGACGACGUAUAUUCCGUGAAAAAGCGAUUUCUGGUAUUUGUUGAUUGCUGCAACAAAACUGGAGUGGAUAUUGCUUCGGUGAUUCUGGAGACACUCAAGAAGUUUGAUAUACCAAUCGCCGAUUGUCAAGGACGAGGUUAUGAUAAUGCAGCCAAUAUGUCUAGCAAGUACAAUGGUGCUCAAACUCACACCAGGUCUGUCAAUCCGUUGAGCCUUUACUCUCCUUGUGCUUGCCAUUCCCUAAAUCUUUGUAGAGUAGACUCUGCAAUGUCGUGCACGGAAGCUGUAACCUUUUUCGGAAUGGUGCAAACCGUAUACAAUCUCUACUCCUGCAGCUCUCAGCGAUGGAAGAUUUUGCAAAGCAACAUUGGCUCCUCAUUACAUGGUUUAUCUAGAACAAGGUGGACAGAUCGUGUUGCAAGUGUGCAUCUUUUUGCUGCUCAACUUUCAGGUUUCAGAGUUGCACUCCAGCAACUUCUUGCAUUAAAUCUGACACCAAAGACAACAACAGAUGUUAACAGUGCCAUCAGAUAUGUAUCAUCCUUUGUAUGCGUUGCGAUGUCAGCAAUCUGGCUUAAAAUCCUGGUCACUAUUGAUCAAAGGAACCAGGUUAUUCAGGCAAGAAAAGCUACAAUCGAUAUCGCAGUUGCCAACUUCCACAGCCUUGUGGCUGAUCUGAAGGGGCUCCGCGAGAAGUGGUCUCAGAUUGUCCAGGAGAGCAUUUUAGUUGCCACUGCAAUGAAUAUUUCAGCUGAAUUCCCAACGAAGCGAAAAAGAAUAUUGAAACGAUACGAAGCUGCAUAUCGCAUUAAUGAUCUUUUUUCUUUCCUUUGGCAAUAUCUGGAGCGUACUGAUGAGAUGGCUCACAAUGCAUGCAUAAAAUUCGGAGCAGCCUACGGUAAUGACAUCAGUCCAGUGGCACUUGAAAAGGAAGUUUUGCAGAUAAAAACAGUGCAUGUCGCUAAUUAUGAGGAGAAAACACUUGAUCCACAUUCUUUGCUUAAUCCGAUAGCAAAGAUCAACCUUGAAGAAAACUUUUAUAAUUUUUGCACUGCCCUCAGAAUAUUUUGCACCUUGCCUGUGACAGUUGCAUCUGCAGAGCGCUCGUUCAGUAAGCUCAAGCUGAUCAAGAACUUCAUGCGAAGCACAAUGACUCAUGACCAGUGCUGA